AUGCCUUCAAGACUCGAUCCGACUGCGACACCCUUCCUACCUUCCUACGCGACCAAGUCCUCGGCUGGACAGCAGGUGGAGAUGAUGGUGCUCUAUGCUGCCACACCAACCUCCAAGCCUGUUGUGCGCGACUCGUCCUUCGUCUUGGACUCGGAAAAGGGCCAAAGUACUAUGGGCCGCUCUGUAACCGCCUCUGCGAACGGCGCGGUGGACAUCACACGUUCUGGAUGGACUCGACGCCCUAUUAGAGAACACAAUCGCAUCCCCUUCACCGAGCUGAAAUUUGAGCGUAUCAGCGCCGAGCACAUUGUGAGUUCUUUCCGAUAUGAGUACCUCGUAGCAUGCAGUCGCUAACAUGACCCGCAGUCUGCAAAGCCUGUGCGGAGGAGUACUUUCGUCGACCUGCCCGCCGAGAUCCGCAACAGUAUCUACCGCCUGGUGCUCGUCCAAGAUCCAGAGUACAUCGACCUAUCUCCUAAGACGAAUCGGCAGCAUGGCGAAAACAAGGACGCUCGCGAUCACCACAUGAAGAGAUUCCGCGAAGAGAUCACGCCGUGUCUGGGCAUGCUUCGCCUGAACAAGCAGAUCGGCUCUGAGUCUGCGUAUAUCUUCUAUGGUGAGACUGAGUUCCGCUUCACGAGCUACCGAGGCUGGUACACACUCGACAGCUGGCUGAGUAAGAUCGGUGCUGCCAAUCACGCCCUGAUUCGUAAGAUUGCGGUGCAUGUUCCGUGGGACGGUUUCGCUUUCGACGGUGGCAGUGAACAAUAUCGGGAGUCCAGGAACCAGAUUUCAGAAGAUCAAAAAGGUGCUCGUUGGUAUGGGGUUGCAUCCUCGUACAGGCCUAAAGAAGUUCUGCUUGGGUGCGUGUGUUCGUCGGACUGUUAAGAUCCUCGAAAGUAAUAAGAAGCUGGCCCAGCUGCGCCUCAUUCUGCCCGACUCCUUCACUCCGUUCGAGCGAUACAACUUUUUGCGGAGACCGACUUCAACUACUACGGCCACUUGACCUUCCUCCUCGAUCCAUCCAAAUUCACGAACCUUAAGAUCAAGCUCGUACGUCUUCACGGAGGAUUCGUGGGCACCGAGCUCUAUGAGGCUCAAUAUCCCGAUGGAGUCCAAGAGAACAAGAAUGUGAUGCGUGCUUCUGUGCUUAAGGAGCACUUCCCGAUCUACAAAGCAGCAGAGAGCAAGGGCGUCGAGGUGGAAACCGCCGUAUACAAUAGCGAGGGUUUCCAUCCAGUUGCGCUCCCAGAAGGUGACGAGAUCCUGGAUGAGAGACGUUGCCGCGCCCUUGUUACAUUUUAUCGCUAG